AUGCCACGUAAGCUACGUAAGAAUAUACGUAAGAGGAAGGGAGCAUUGAAACAUCCAAUAGUAAAACUGACACCACAACAACAGUUGCAACAACAAAUGAUGAAUGACCCCACUAUGUUGCAACAAAUGUCAAGCAACCCUAUGCUUUUAAACCGAGUUAUUGGUGCACAGAGUGGAGGUUUAAGAGCGGCACUUUUAGCGAAAAUGGCAGGCUAUGGUGGAGCUGCAGACGGAACAGCUUAUAACCCUCAAAGUCAAAUGAAUUUGAGUUCACUCAAAAAUCAAAUAACAGAUGUCAAAAAGUCAAACAUAGACAUACAGAAACAAAUAAGUGAAAACGAAAAGAAACUAGAAUAUGACAGACACACAAAGAAACUCAAUGAGUUAAACGUAGAGAAAAAGAAGAAAGAAGAACAACUGAAAGAACUAAGUACAGAGGAAUAUGCGAAAAAAGUGUCAGAAAAAGCAGCAGAAGUAGCAAAAAUGGAACAAGAUGUUAUAAAUUUGAAAAACCAUACUACUCAAUAUAAAGUACUGAAAGAUGAAGAGAUAAAACAAAAAGCCCUGAAGACAUAUAUGGAUAGCGAUGAGUAUAAAAAAGAAGUUGAAGCAAAUGUAAAGGCAGAAAAACUUUUACAGUUGCAAAACCAAACCGUACAGUAUGAAAACUUAGCACAAGAAAGUAAAAAUAACGACGCAGCCAUGCAAAAGGCAAUGAAAAGUGCAGAAUAUAUAAAAGCUAAUAAUGACUGGUUAGAUGCCCAAGCCAACGCUAAAGCAGCCCAACUUAUAGGGUCAAUAAGGACAAAAAUACAAGCGGAUGAAGACAGUUCAAAUGAAGCUUUAAUGAAUGCUGACUUUAAGAACGCCUUCGAAGCUCUUCAUAGUAAGGUGAAACUAGUGAACGACUUCUCAUCUGGAAAGAAACUGAAGUCUGAAGGUUUCGACAAAGAGUUAAGAGAAAUAGCACAAAAUAUGACGAAAAUAACAGAUGCAGCAACGAGACAGGCAGUUCAAAGUGCCUAUGACGCCGUUAGAGCAACUGUUGUGGAAAGUCAAGAAAAAGAGUUACAACAGACCAAAACAGACCUAGUAAAUGCUUUCUUAAGAACGAAAAGUCAGGUAGGACAUUAUGCUGCAGAUGGAACAUAUGUGCCAGCUGGUGGAACUUAUAUACUAGCUAGUGGAACUUAUAUACCACCAAACCCUCCAAGAGAAGCACCUGCACCAGGACUACCUAAAACAUUUACAUCGUCACAUGGACACAGACACAGGCAUGCACCAAAACAACAACAACAACCAACAGUUCAAAAUCCAGCACCACAACCAACAGUUCAAAACACUACACAACAACCAACAGUUCAAAACCCUGCACAACAACAACCACAAACAGAGCAAGGACAUAAAAGAAGUAGAGAACAAGGAAACCAAGAAUUCUUAAAAAUGCUUAAGGAAGAUUAUGGUUACCCAGAUACUCUUGACUUUAGUGACAGAUAUAAAGAAGCUAUUAAAAAGUUCAAGGAAGGAAAUACUGACCCGAACCUAUUUAGCUUUAUGGUUCAGCACCAAAUGGGAUAUAAUUUCAAACCUGGAAAAUACAAGCUCGCUAAGGGAUAUGAUUUAAUAGCAUAUCAUCCAAAUGACAUGAAUGAAUUUACUCCGAGAUAUUUGGUGUCAGAGCUAA